CUGACCGAGCGACUUCAACUCAGGGAGAAAGAAGGAGGGAGGGAGGGAGGAGCGGCGCCAUGAGGUUUUGCUCUAAGUAUCCACCCCAAUGAUGGCGAAUUUAAUAGGGGAUGUGAACAUGAAACUGGGAAAACAGACCUGGAAUGUGGCUGAUGAUGGAUUAGGUGGAGCAAAUGGUAAUUUGAAAGACUGCGAGGGAUUAAUAGAAGGUGGGGCGAUGCUGUCAGCCAUGCCUGCACCCCUGAUGCAGUUUCUACCGUCUGGCGGUGGAAGUAUCAACAAGCAGCAACUGAUUGGAGUUGAGAUCACAAAUGGAGCAAGUGGGCAACAGGAUCACUUUUUCCAGGCGGCCAAUGACCUGUCUGAGCUGGAGCAAAGUCUUGCUGCUUUAAAUGAAUUGCAGGAUUCAGGGAUCAGAGCACAAAGCGAGAGAGAAAUAGGUCUGUACUCGGGUACCGGUGACGACGAUCUUAUUGAAGUCUUUGGGGAUAGUGACUCGGUGGGUUUUUUGCCAGAUUUUGAGUUCUUCCCUUCUCCAAAGGGGGAGAAGCAGCAGGACAGCCCGUGGAGCCUGACUGGUUUCUGUGGAGAUGACGAAUCAGGCUUGCUGUCGCCCCUGUCCUCUGAGCCAGCCCCGCUUGUGGGAAAUCUGUUGGAACUACAGCCUAUCGAGGAUCGUACUAUCUCUUGGCCAACUUCAGAAACUAAGAAUAUCGAGAGGAAAGAAAAUAUCUGGGCUCCAUUGCCAGCCAUUGCCUCUAUUUCGAAGGAGGUGAAGCAAGAACAGGAGAACUACAUCAAGUUGGUCACUCCAGGAGUCAUCAAACAGGAGCAAGUCAAUAGGGAUUACUGCAGAGCUGCUAAUGGAUCAUCAUUAGCACAGAGUGCAGUCAAGGAUCCCAUUUAUAUAUACGGUACGGAACCGGUUCCAACCUGCGGUGAUAAUCGACCCAUCUUCGACUUCAUUCCGGCUAUCUCAACUGUAACUCAAACCUGGGGAGCGUGCCAGCGUCCCAAUCCAGUUUAUUCUGGCAGCAAGGCAGGGGAUCUCUCUUCUGUGAGAGGAGCUUUACCAGCCAAGCGCAAUAGCUCUGCCCUGAAAUCUGAUGGAUACUCAACAACCAUCUCCACCUCCAAUGCCUCCUCAGGGCCACCUGCCAAAGUCUGUCUAGUUUGCUCGGAUGAAGCGUCUGGAUGUCAUUACGGUGUUCUUACUUGUGGAAGUUGCAAGGUUUUUUUCAAGAGAGCUGUAGAAGGGCAGCAUAACUACCUCUGUGCUGGAAGGAAUGACUGCAUCAUUGACAAGAUUCGCCGAAAGAACUGCCCAGCUUGUCGUUUCAGAAAGUGCCUCCAAGCUGGGAUGAACCUUGAUGCUCGGAAGACAAAGAAGAAGAUGAAAGCGCCACACAGCAGCACCUCAGAAACCACAACAAAGGCAGUAUCACAGGACCUUACUCUCGUGCGCCCUGCAUUGCCUGUCUUAAGUCCAUCUGUAACCUCGAUCCUUGAGAUGAUUGAGCCAGAUCUGUUGUAUGCAGGAUAUGACAGCUCUUUGCCCGAUACGCCUAACCGGCUUCUGACAGGAUUGAAUAACUUGGGUGGGCUACAGAUGAUCUCGGUUGUGAAAUGGGCAAAAACUCUACCAGGAUUCAGAUCCUUACACCUGGAUGACCAAAUGAUGUUACUGCAAUAUUCUUGGAUGUCCCUUAUGGUUUUCAGUCUUGCUUGGAGAUCUUAUAAACACUCCAAUAGUAGCAUGCUCUUCUUUGCACCGGAUCUCGUCUUCAAUGAGGAGCGGAUGCAGCAGUCAACUAUGUACAGUUUGUGCAAAGGAAUGGGCAACAUUGCAGUAGAUUUCAGAAACCUUAAGGUUGCCUAUGAAGAAUAUCUAUGCAUGAAGGCAUUACUGCUGCUUGGCACAAUACCAACAGAUGGCUUGAAGAGCCAGGCUACGUUUGAUGAGAUUCGAACCUCGUACAUAAAAGAGCUGGGGAAAGCCAUAGUGAAGAAAGAGGGAAGCUCGAGCCAAAACUGGCAUCGUUUUUAUCAGCUGACUAAACUUUUGGAUUCAAUGCAUGAUUUGGUGGAAGGGCUCUUGCAGUUUUGUUUUUAUACCUUUAUGCAAUCAAAGACACUCAGCGUGGAGUUCCCCGAAAUGUUGGUGGAGAUUAUUAGCAACCAGUUACCAAAAGUCAUGGCUGGAAUGGCCAAACACCUCCGGUUUCACCACAAGUGACUGCCUUAAAACAGGAAAACAAAUUGCCUUAAAAUUACCCACCAUAGCUUUUCGCAAUGUGAUGGAAUUUUGGAAAUGUUUGUCCUGCAAAUGCUUGCCAUUAUAUCAUAUGCACUACAUAUGGUUUACAGAGGGUUAGGACUGGGCUGGAGUGAAAAGGAAGCAGUUUUAUAGCCUAACAACUGUAUAUUGGAAAAUUCUGCAUGUAUUUUGUGGUGAACUUUUAUUUUUGUGUACUGUGACACCAGUUUGAUUUUAUGCAUGUAUUCUAAUGAGAAGUUUACAGUGUAUAUCAGAAAAGGGAAAAUUGUGCCUUUUUUAAGCUUUUUAAGUAAUGUAGCCAAUUUGGACAGUUUACUCUAUUGUUAAUGCAGGAGAACUGGUAACAUGCUUAGUAUUUUCUUUAACUGUAUGUUUUUUUAUAUAUAAGUGGAAUUUGAGCCUGAUGAAGUUUUACUUUAUAACCAUCAUUGAAUUCUGUGUUGUACAAGUAAACUUGGCCAUUGCUCUAAUGUAAAUGUGUAAAAAUUGAUCAUUUUGUAAUAUACUGAUCAACAGUCUGGUAUUUGAACUACCUAAAAAAAAAUUUGGCGUUUGAUUUGAGAGGGCAAACAUAUUUCUGGAAAUGAUUUGACUCGUCGAGUGUGGAUAAUGUGUGCCACGCUCUAUGGAAAAAGAGUUUGUGAUACAUUACUUAUAGGAAUUUACCGUGGCCAUAUUUGACUAUGUGUCAAUUAAUUGCCUUUGGCAAUGUGAUAUUUUAGAACUUUAUUUUGUUCAGUUGGUUCAUCAAUGCUGAUAGAUUUAUGUUUAUGCUCCAUAAUGGGGCCAACAUGGCUUCUGUGAUUAGCUCCAGGAUAUUAAUUAGGAAAAUCCCCUUUUAGUUUCUGUGGGGAUGACACAUUCCCUAAUGUAAGCAUCUUAUUGCAUUUAAAGAGGUAUUAGAGUAGAACUGAUUCUGGUGAUUAAACAAAGUUUAGAUUUUUUAACAGUUGGGUAGAUUGCAGUUACAUUAUGUAGUCAGUAAAUUUCCAGUUGAUCUGUCAGUCAUGUUUUUGAUUCUGUUUGGUGUACAGUUGGAAUAUUUGGAGACUAUACCACCAUAAUGCAGGGAAAUUUAGUUUUCUACUCAUGAUCGCUGUUCCUCAGAUAGGAUGAUAAUUCAAGAUAUUGUAAUUAUAGCAGUUAAGUUUGCAGACUUGGUGAAAUUGUGAGGAACUGCCUUUGGGGAAAGAAACCAGAGAGUGGAAAAUGCUGAAAUAAAUGCCCCCUCUUAUUUGUAAACUACUGUUCUCUGCUCUGUCCUAGAAUUUACUACAUCAAUCAGCUGUGGUGCUUUAACAUCAAACGUGGUUCAGACAAAAUAAUUUAAAUCUGUUUCUUGCUGUUUUCAUCAAUAUCUGGUAUACCAAUUCUAUUGGUUGAUUUGACCAAGAGCUCAAACUGCAGCCAACCGAAACAGAAUGUUGAAAUUGUGUGUUAAAUUGAUUUGGACCUGUUUAGGUCAUUUAAAUCAUCAUUUGCAAUUGCAGCAAAACUAGCCAUAAAACCCUUAAAGCUGUUUGAUUCCUGUGAUACAGUGGCGAUCGGCCUGGAAAAUUGGCAUGAGAGGUUGAAAGUAGGAGAUAGGGUGGUGAUGUGUGUUGUUGGACAUCAUUUCCACAAUUACAACAGAAUUCUACAUUGCUGCUUGCCAGCAAUAAUGUAGCCACAAUUCAUUUUGGUGAGUAUGCCCAACUAGCAGAUGUAUGAAUUUUACAUUUGUGGUGUAACAAAGUGGUAUCUUUGGGUGAGGAGGAAUUUAAAAAAUAUCAAUCCUGUAUAUUAGCACAAUAUAUUUAGCAAAAGAUAAUUAAAAGUAAAAGUUUCACUGCAUUCUAAUGCCAGAAAUUUAAGCUUUUAAAUUAUUUUUUUCCCUGAAUCAUUGCUCUUUAACAAUUGGGCAUGGUGGUGCAGCGGUAGAAUUGCUGCUUUAUAACACCAGAGACCCAGGUUCAAUCCUGACUACGAGUGUUGUCUAUAUGCACGUUUGUGCGUGCUCCCCGUGAUCUGCGUGAGUUUUCUCCGAGAUCUUCAGUUUCCUCCCACACUCCAAAGACGUACGGGUUUGUAGGUUGAUUGGAUUGGUAUAAAUGUAAAUCGCCCCUAAUGUGUAGGAUAAUGUUAAUGUGCGGGGAUCGGUGGGCCAAACAGCCUGUUUCCACGCUGUAUCUCUAAAAACUAAAACUGAUCCCCAAUUUCUGAUCCCCAGUCACCCAUAUUUGCAGAAACCUGCUGCACUAAUAGCCUGUGUGUAAUCAUGAAUUGGGCCUGGUGCUGUGGAAGUCCCAUUCUGUAAGUAGCCCUUGCUAUUAAACAAGAGGAAAGAGAUGUUUGUUUAUUUGGGUUUUCUGCUAUUGAGCGACUCAGUGGUGCUGACCUGGUUUUCUGUGACUUGUAGAGCCCAGUAAAAAUGAAUAGAGUAUUUAUAGUUCAUAGCUGGGAUGAAAGUGUUAUUUAAGAUGGAUGUAUGGGCUACUGUUUGGCUAGUCCUUUUCGAGGAUUUUAUAUUUUAUGGACAAUUAGAAAAAUUGGAUCCCAUGAUUAUAGUACCAAAAACAUUUUUUUCUUUUAAUAUCUGAUUGUACUUUUAUUAGGAGAGAAAUAUGGCUACAGUUUUUCAGUGUAGUUUGUGACUCGUGAUUUUAACCAUUUUACCUAUACUGCAGGCAAAGACCUGAUUUAAAUUGUUUUGCAUGCUGUUGCAAAGUUGCUGACAAUUCAUAGUUUUCUUCUCAUAAGAUUUGACACCAACUCUGCGUCGUACCUGCCAAGAUGCAGAAUAAACAGGGUAAUUACAUACUUAAAGCCCAGCUGUUUUUAAUCAAGGUUUUUCUCUGCAAAAAGGUGCUUUAUCAAAAAAAGAAAUUCUAUUACUUGGGCUGGACCCGUUGAGAGGAGAACAACAUGUAUAUUUUUAUUUCUGCCCUCCGCACCUUAGGAGAAACAAGAGAAUUAUGUCUACAGCACCAAACAGGUGUGUUUCUAUGUUAGCCAUCACUCAGCAAAAGCAAAAAUAUAUUCUAACACCAGCCAAUUCCAGACCACGCCACUACAUCCCUCUAUUGAAAUAAGAUGAGUAAAUAUCACAAACAUAGUUCUUUUUGUAUUCUGUCUUGUGAAUACAACCAUAACCCUGUCUUUGUAUUUAGCUACGCAAUAUAUAUAGAUAACCAAGUAACAAAUGCAUAGAUAUAUUUUUCAGAUUUGAAGCAGAUCCUUUAAUUAUGCAGUUUCUGGUGAUGUAUUAUAGGCUGAUUUUAGUUCCUUUAUCAGUUUAGAAACAAUAUCUUCGCACAUCAUACUUUCUUUAACAAGGAUAAUUGUGGAGGAUUUAUACGUUGUAAUUAUGAAGCAAAGUUGAAUGUACCCAGCUUCUCACAGAAACUAAAGCUUUUUGAUAUUAUUUCAGUACAUACGGUGCCCUAAAAAAAGAUCAAACCAUGUGUAACUUAGGUUGUUGCAGUUCUACAUGUAAUUGACUCAUCUUAAAUGAUUUGGAUUUAAUUCAAAGUGAGUGAUAAAUCAAAUGUUUCUGGCCGAGUAGCAAGGAACAACAUUUGAAAGGAAGUGCAUCUGGUGUUAAUGAAAUGAAAAAAAUAUACAGUAUUUUAUAACAUACUACAAUAAAAACAUCUUGUGCUUGGAUUGACUUGUGAUUGAAUUUGAAUGAGACCAUGGGAAAUAAUAUGAAGACAUUUGAAAGGGUUUGAGAUUGGUACAUGGAGGGAGGAGAUAAGAGCUUAUAACAUUACCUGGCUUCACAAAAUAAAAUUAGUUUUACAAAUUGCUAGUUAAGUCUGCUCAUUGUCUAAUUCUGAUAUCAACUGGAAAGUAAUUGUCACAAUACAAAAAAAAACAACAAAUUAUUGAUAAAAACAGCACAAGACACAACACUCAAAGGUGUCCUAUAGAAUGUGCUCUGAGAACGCAGUUACACCUUUCCAAUAGUAAAUAAGUGGAACUGGAGGAUGUAAAAUGACAUUUUUUAAAAAAAUGUGCACAUCCAUGCAUGUUUAUGGAUCAAUUUUCUCACAAUAGCAUUAUUAGAAACAUAGAACGCAUAUAUCAUGAAGAAUUAAAUAAAUUAGUCAAAUUUUAAAACGCUUAAUUCAAUUCAGUGAAUAAAUUUAAUACAGCUUAUCAAUUCAGAUCUUUUUUUUAAAAGAAAAUGAAUAAUAUAAGUUGUUAAGAUCUUAGUUUCUAUAAUCUGCCUAAUUGCAAUGUUUUGACAUAAUCAGGUUUACAAGGAUAUAAAGUCCUUCAGAAAUGGUGCCAUUUUGGUAAGAUUAAUUAAAAAUGAUUUACCAUCAUUUAAUAUUUUCCUAAAUUUUAAUUCUAUAAACAUAAAAUACAAACGCUGUCAGUUCAAAUGCUAACAGUGUGCCUUUUACAGGAAAGAAGAACAUGAGUCCACCUUGUAGUUUUCAAUUCAAUAUUUUUCAGAAUGGUCUAAUUUUGAUUGUAUAAUUUUAAUGUCCAUGCACUGAGAUAAUGUAAAGACUAGACAAUCAAAUGUGGCUCUAUUACCUCAAAUACAUUUAUUUGUGUAGAUUAUAUACAGGAUUGUGUUAAUAGUUCAUUAAUGGUGUGCCAGUUUUGAAAUAUGGAAGAAAAGAAUGAACAAAUAUUACCAAUUUCAUCAUUUGACAGUGGAAAAUAAAUAUACUGAAUAUUAUGGAGAGGUUGCUUAUCCUCCCAUGAUCUCUCAUCUUCUCAAUGUCACACAACCCAUCGAUAGGAUUAAAACCUGUAUGUGUUUUUGUAGAAUGUUUUUCCAAGGUCCUGCUUCCCUUUAUUAUGCUUUGAACUGAUCUUUGUGGUACGUCUGGAGUCAUGUCUCAUUUACUAAUAGUGUUGCAGAUGAAAUUUGCAUAAUUGUGCAGGUGUUAUAAAGUCCAAUAAUUGUGAAUAGCUUUCAACAAUGCAGAUAAUGGACAGAAAUUGGAUAAUAAUAAAUUUGCUUUUCCACUAA